GGUGAAACUGAAGUCUUCUUCGGUGUUGAUUUUUGCAACGGUUAUAUUAUCUAAAAAGGAGGUACUUCUCGUUGAAUUGCUUAUGAGGUGACAUUUAUUCAUCAGAGACAAUGUCAGAUAUUUUGUGCUCGUGGCUGAACCGUGAACUAAGGCUCUCCGAAACCGUAGACGCCAGGAACUUUUGCAAGGAUUUCUCUAAUGGCUACCUAUUCGGAGAGAUACUUCAUAAAUAUCAGAUGCAGGAGGAUUUUAAUAUGUUUCUGAAAAGCGAUUCCUCCGACGCCAAAACCAAUAACUUUUCACGGCUUGAGCCAACUAUUAAGCGUCUGGGGGUCAGCUUCAAUAAGAGCACAGCCCAAGAUCUGAUGCAGAAGAAGCACGGUGUCGCCACAAACCUUCUUUACCAGCUCUACGUCGCACUAGAAGAGAAGAAGCCUGCAGGAACCAGCCGGGUGGGGAAGCUGCCCUCCCUGCAGAAAAGGGAGUCUGAAACCCAGUCCUAUCAACUUCCUCAGGUGGUGUCACCCAACGCAGACCAGUGUCUUCCGGAAAUUACUCAGGAUAAUGAAUGUAAAGAACUGGAUGAUUUGUCUAAGGCGAUCCUACCCAUUCAACAAAUGAAGCUACCCAAAAUCCAAGAUGAGAGAAAACUAGAAAAGAGCGAGAAGAUUGGUCAUCAGAAGUUCAUUGACUUAAUUGUGACCAAUACGAAGCUGCUAAAGCCACUGGACUCCAAUGUAGUUCUCAGGAAAAAGAGUAAUCAGGAGGAGCUCAAAGAAAAAGAAGUUCAGAUGGUCCAGGCUGAAAUAGCCAAGUUUGAGGAGAAACAGCACAAACUUGCCAACUCUAGUUAUGUGACCUUGUCAAGCCCCAGUGACCAAUCCAUCCCUGCAGACUCUUCUCUUAGUCCCGUCAUACAGGACAUUGAAGUCCCUUCAGAUAAACCAGAUAAAGUGACAAUACAAUCCAGCACCAAGUAUGUACAGGGGAUCCGGCAGCAGCUGAAGGAGAAUGCAGUGGCUCGAGAAGAGAGACAAAAAAGAGUAGACAGAUUUCUAUUGGAGCAGUAUAAAGCGCGUGAAUCUCUGCAGGAGGCGCAGCUUGAAGACCAAAUGGUGCGUCGUCUGACUCGUCAGACGCAGCAGGAGCAGCGUUUGGCUGAGCAGCUGAUGCAGAUACGGAGGCAGAAAGAGGUGAUUUUGGAGAAUCGCCUGUUCAGAGAGGAGCAGUACAAACGUCAGAGAGAAAAGGAUUUUCAAGAAGCUCUGGACAAGGAGGCGGUUCUGGCUGAGCAUGCCAAAUUGGCUCGAGCAGAAGAGAUCGAAAAGGAGAUUGAAUUUUGCAAGAUGGUAGCUGCAGAGCGUGCUCACGAAAAACACAUGAAACACUACACCAUCUGCUCAGAGACUUUGGGACAGAUAGUGGACAUGGCAACCACAGUCGGAGAAUAUCGCAGCAUCACGGAGAAUCUUGUUCCAGAGAAGAAAUAUAAAGAGUGGAAGGAACUGUUCAUUCGGGGUGUUCCCUUCUACGAGUCACAAAAAGACAUUGAGCCAGAGAUUUUAUUCUUAGCAGCAUUAAACCCCUCAGAGCUUAAGAAAGAGGAGGUACUCAACAACCUGGAUUAUGAUGAAUACACUAAUAUGAUUGGUGUGUGGACAUGGCCAAAGGCUACAGAAGAAACAAAGUUACCACCGAGCAUCAACGAUAUUCUUGCAUAUGCUAUCCAGCGAAUUAAAACUAUUGCUCAUCCAACUGUUGCGGAACCGGCCACGACCGUUCCUCUAUUUUCUAUCAAGUCCUGCAUCAAGGGCAAGGUUUGCCAAUGCAAGAGCAAAUGUAUGGCCAAGAUUGCUGAAGGUUUAAAAUCUUUGAAGAAAAGAGAUUUUCGUAUCAAGGCUUGCGUCCUGGGCAAGGCUUCCUCAGGCAAGACCACAUGUCUGGCCAAGAUUGCUGAAGCGCAUGGCGUCACUGUGUUGUCGCCUGACACACUGAUUGAAGAGGCGCUGAGGUCUGCUAAAGAAGGAGAGAAGGCUACAGAUCAGCAGGAGGAGAAGGAGAGCGAGCAGUUUUUUAAACCCCCUACACCAGUUCAGUCAGAUUCUAGCAAACCAGAAGAAAAAAGAGAAUGUAGUAACAAAAUGGCCUCGAUUGCAGCAUCAGUAGAAAGGGAGCUGAGGAAAGGAAAUACCAUUCCAAAUGAGCUGAUAGUGGACAUUGUAGUUGAUGCAAUCAGUCAGGUUUCAGCUCAGUCAGGUUGGAUCCUGGAUGGCUUUCCAACUAAUAUCGGUCAAGCCCAAUUGCUGGAGAAAGCUUUGGGUGGGUUUGUGGAAGAAGAACACGGCACUGAAAUCAACACCUAUGAACUUGUUCCUAACCCAGAGCAGCUCAAACCACCAACACCUUCUCCGCCUGUGCUGGACGUGGCUCUUCUGCUGGAUAUAUCUGAUGAGUGUGUGAUUAGAAGGGCAUCCAUAGAUAAAGAUGCUGCUGCUGCACCCUCCCAACCAGCAGAUACCACCAGGUUUUCUCCACACAUUACACACAGGAUUGCAGCUUUUCAGGAUACCUGGCCAGAGCUAGAAAAGUGGUAUGGUGAAAAGCAAAACAUUUUGGUUAAUAUCAACGCUGAUGUGGAAGAGAGGGAACUUUAUAACAAAGUGGAGUCUUCCCUGUGUGAGGUUAUGAAAGAGCAAGAAGAAGGAAUUCCUGAGGGAAUUUUGGGAAUUGAGGAAAUCCCAAAAGGUGUGGAAACAAGAAGAAGUUCUAAAUCCGUUAGGAGGGGAAGAGACUCAGUUGCUGGGCUUCAUGCUGGUGAAGAUGGUGUGUUAGAUUUCAUACCAAGAAGGAGGAGCAGCUCCAUCUUUAAGGCAAAGCAAGUCGCCGCUGAUCUUCUUAGUGAAGAUCUGUCGACGGAGGGCACAAGAAGUGUGGAGAGAAGGAGUUCUACAAGGCCCAGCUCCAGCCUCAAGAAGGCAAAAGACACAAGGUUUUCUGACAGUGUGCCACUGUCCGCUGGGUCUAUUGACGGAAUCAAUGACAGCGUCCAACCGCCAGGGUCGUUCACAUUAAACCCGCUCUACAUAAAUGAACCUCUGUCUGCACAAGUACCUGAGUACCUGUGUUCACAUUGGAAAGAUGUCUGUAAUUCUUAUGUAAACAGCAUGAAGCAUGUGAUGCAGCAGCUGCGUUUACAGCUCACUCUUAUUGAUCGCCACCUUUUCAACAUCAGAGAAAGAUACACCCACUUUUUGAGUUGCCCUGACUUGAAGCAGGAGUUAGUUUCUCAGUGGCAGAAGGUGUUCAACAGCGUGCCAGACGACAUGAGAGAGGAUGAGGAGACCAAAGCGGAGCUUCAUCUGAGGCUGGAUGAGCUGCAGGAACGCCUGUGGGACAUUACCGACAAGCGUAAAGAAGAAGACCAGCAGGAGAGGUCAGCUUUCAUGUGUGAUGGAUGGCUGGAGGAGCAAUCAGCAUUGCUCAUCAAUCACUACUCCAUGAUAAUACAGGCAGAAAUGAACCGUUUCCGUGAAACACUGUGUACCCUGGCGGUCUACUACUGGGGCAUGCACAAGCAUUUACCACUUAGGACAUCUCCCAAAGAUUUCAGUAUCACACUGCUGAAAGAAACUGGAGCUGAAGAUCAGGACAAAGAUCAGGUUAUUACGGAGCCAUUGAGCAGUGGUGUGAAGGAACAGACAAGCGAAAAAAACCUGCCACCCGCUGACUCCACGAAGUCUUCCUCUAAGAUGAUAGACAAUUUAUUUCGGGGGAAACUUGUAAGUGACUAUGAAGAGGCUCUUCAAGCUACUCAAACUAUCAAGGAUAUGGUGUCAGUAGAAUUCCAGCAGAAAGAUGCAGAAGUGCCAGAAGAGACCGUAGAAGAAAAAGAGACCGUAACAAAGAAGACUAGUCCAAAAAGUUCUAAAAAGGAAAAGCAGUCACAAAAAAAGCAUUCAGCAAUACCUCCACCAGCAGUGGAGAUUCCAUCCCCAAAACCUCCAGAAAAAACUCAAGAACAAGAAGUUAGAGAGAAAAUAUAUAAAGAACUUACAACUUCUGUGACUCAUGAGGAAAAUUCAAUAAAGGUUCGUCUUGAGCUGGUGAAAGAUUGCGGCCUGGCGAUGGUCAACGCCCUGGAAGACAGAGUGCAUGAGACUUUUAGCAAACUGGAGAAGCAGUUUGAAUCAUGCUAUCUGUCCGAAAUGAAGUGUAUCGAUCAACUUGGAGAAGUGGUUCGCUACCACAUAGAGGCUUCCAGUAAGCUGCAGUACGAGCUGGUGAUGGAAGAUCGUGAGUUCUAUUUGAAUGGAGAUUGUCUGUUGGUUUCGGGUGUGGUUUUUCCACCACGUCCCCCUUCCAUGGAGAAACCAAAUCGGUCCAUACUCACGGUGGCUCAGUUGGAAUCACUCUUCAAUCAUCUGUUCAACAUGGCUCCAUCAGGCUUUAUGUCCAGCUCUGACUUCUUUUACUUUUUCCAAGAUUUGGUCUCUAACAGCACAGGCAGGAGCAUUGUACCUGAGGCCUGGACAGAUAUGAUUGAAAUGCAGCUGUUAGAGAUUAAUACUUUGCUAACUGAUGAAUUUGAGCUGAUCGACUGGCGGCGCUUUCUGCUCAGCGCUACUCUCCCGUGGCCGCUUCCCUCUCUGUCACAGCUGCUGUAUUUGUUGAAACAGUUUAAGGAAGCAGAUACUGAUGACACUGGAUAUAUAAACGAGGACCAGUACCUACAGGUAGAGUUGUGGUUUCCUGGUCAGAGUGUCCAGAAAGUUCCUGAGGAUCCUUUAGAGCCUCUCCCCUACGACCGUUCAGCCAACCUGCAGAAGUUCUUUUUCCAGAUGUUUGCAGACCAUUCCUCCUCUCCCCCUCUGCUGGAUUAUGUGUCCAUGCUGCAGUACUUUGCAGCCAACCCAAACCCUAAACAGGGUUUUAUCAGAGCACUUAGUGUAGUGUUGGGGAAACAUCUCCAGCAGCCAUUACUGAGCCUUCUCGUAAAUUCUCUGCCUGGCACGGAAGAAACCACAGAGCCCACAUCCUUCAAGUUCACUGAAGACUACAAAGAGGAGGAUGCUCUGUUUUCAACUUGCAGUUUUUUUAAGGACGAGGAAGUUUCCAUUUCUGCUCUGCUUAACGUCAUCUGCCACAAACUCAUCAAGAUGGGGGGUAUUUCCCUUCCUCCAGGGAGCAUGAGUUACGAACAACACAAACAGAAUCUUGAGAAUGUGUACAUUGAGAUGGGAUAUGAGUGCACUGAAUCAGUCCCAUUCUCUGUUAUAUAUAAGCAUCCAUACACCCACAUGCUGAUGGAAACUUCAACAAACUUCCAGCUCAUUAAUAUUCUGAAUACUACUGUCCCAUCUGGAUGAAAAGGAAUUUUAACCGUUUUUGUUUAAUCUUUACUUUGUUGUUAAAUAAACAGACAAUGCAACCAUACCUGCACUGACUGAAGUGGUUUAAACUGAACUGAAAUUUGGGAUUGCAUUAUGUUUGAAACAACAAUCACCUCAGUGAUGGCAGGAACGACCUCCUUAACUUGCCUUUUCUCUUCGUCAAGCACUCCUGCAGUUUUUCUGAGUGACUUGCGUUUCUAAUGGCCUGCCUAACACAAGCAGCAUCAUUUGUGCUUACAAUGAGAGCAUUGCCCAGGAUAACCUGCUUGUCAAGCUUCACUGGCUACAACCGACCAAAGCACAUUCAACACCUAACAGAGUUUAUUCUGCAGAACUUCCUAUUUGUUUAUGUAACAUCGGUUUAUAUGACAUUUACCUAUUUGUUCAUGGUUGACUCCCAAGGAGAAGGACUUUGUGUUUUUUUAAGAAGGUAGUAAAGAAUAUGUUUGUCGGCUUUUUGAAGGUAUUUUGUGUCUUUUUGGAAAAGUCUUCUAAACUUUUUCAAACCAACUGAGAAGAAAACAAGAGAAACAAGUCACUGUGUGUUUGUUUAAACAUUCACUAUAAUUUUAACAGCUCAUCUUUGCUGCCAUUUUCAUCUUUUUUUUUUGUCCUCUGCUUUAAUGGGUUUAUUACAUUUACAUGUCUGCAAAAGCAGUAACUCUGCUCUGUGCUGUAGAAAACAGAUCUAUGUAAAAUUAUGUGAUCCCUUACAGACUUCUUUGGUUUUUGAUUUUUGUAAAACAUAAGUGUUUUAUUUUCAUUUCUCCUCAUCCCAGUUUAUUCACUCACUUCAGGUAUUUGAUUUUGUUUGGAUUUGUUUUCUUUUUGUAUGAUCUUAUUCUGGUUCAUUCCUCCUGUUAGCUUAGAAUUUAUUUUGUUAGAAUUUCUGUUUUGGUUUCCCUCUUGUGUCAUCCUUAUUUCACUCAGUCUGCCAUUCACUCCCCUCCCCAGCUGCUGAUUAUUUACCUCAUCACCACUCCCUUCCCAGCUGCAGUAAGUUUCCCUAAUGACUCCCUACAUAUUUAUAUUUACCUUCCAGACUCAUUGCUCUCCACUGGUUCCCUCUGUUAACCUGCUUCUCUCUGUUGCACCUUCUUGCCUUCCAGCCAUAUCUCUAGUUGCCCUCUGGUCCUCAGUUCAGUUUUGCUAUUUCAUUUUUUAAAGAAAGUAUUUCCUCCAGCUCUCUGCACUUGGGUUCUCCUUUAAACUUGCAUCGUGACAAAUAUGUCAAUGACUUUGCAUCAUGGCAGGAUGUGUCUGUAAAAGGUUUUAACCGACUUCAUAUCGUCUGGCAGUAAACAUACCUCUUUAAUUUUUCACAAGUUGAUUUUUAUUUCUCUUUGUUCUCUUAAUAAACAUAUUUUGUGCUGAA